AUGGUGGCCGAGGAUAGGCUGCAGGACGGCCGGGCGGGAGCGGGAGAGGAGGGUGUCCCGCCCGCCGUCCCGCGGGUCCAACAGUACGGGCUGUGCCUGAAGGCCACGUUGCCCGAGGUGGAGAAGGGCCUGUGCGAGCGUGAGUUCCAGCAGCUGCGUGCGUGCUGGCUCAAGGCAUUCCGCGCCGCUCUGCGCAGCAAGUGA